UUAUCAGUAACAGUUCACUAGUGCAUGAUCAGCACUUUUUGAGUAUCGGUUGCGCAUCCCCAAUACCGCGUUAUACUGGAAUAUGUCACGGAAGAGACGGAACUGCAGAUGUCUUUUUGGAACAUCCUACGGGCAUUUUAGUAGACCCAGCGCAUAAUCUUACAGCGUGUAUUAUUGAAGAGCAAGUAUAGCCGCUACAAAUCUACAGUGCGCUGGGAUCAUGGAGUUAAGGGGUCACCUGUCGUAAGCUGCGUUGCUUGUCGCAGUAGUGUGGACAGUGUAAAACAAUACUUGUAUAUCGAUUGUGUACACAACGUGUUGCGCUGUUGCCGGCGAUCACCAUAUUUUUGAUGCCUUUAAAAUGUUUGGAUACACGGUAUCAUUCCGUCGAAGGUUAGAACAGCUACGAUUCAACUCCGCCGCGGCGGCCCAUAAAGCGGCCAAUGCCGCCGACAAUUCACCGCAGGAUCUCUUCGGGGACAGUGUUAAUGCUGUCAAUACCGCGGGUCUGGAUCUGGAGACCGGGCGCUACUUUGCCAAUGCCACCUGCACCACCACGCCCGACCAGCGGAUUGUGGUGAAUGUCAGUGGAUUGAAAUUUGAAACUCAAUUAAAAACGCUCAGCAAAUAUCCCGAUACACUCCUUGGGAAUCCUUUGAAGCGCAUGCGCUACUUCGAUCCACUGCGGAAUGAGUACUUCUUUGACCGCAACCGGAAUUGCUUUGACGCCAUAUUGUAUUAUUACCAAAGCGGAGGUCGCCUACGCCGUCCCGUCAACGUUCCCUUAGAUGUAUUUGCUGAAGAACUCAAAUUUUUCGAUCUGGGUGAUGAGGCUCUAAAUAAAUUCCGUGAGGAUGAAGGAUUCGUUAAAGAGGAAGAGCGCAUACUGCCCUCCAAUGAAUUACAAAAGAAGAUUUGGCUUCUCUUUGAAGUACCAGAAAGUUCCAAAUGGGCCAAGGCCAUCGCAUCGAUAAGCGUUAUUGUCAUAAUGCUCUCGAUUAUCACCUUCUGUCUGGAGACACUUCCUCAAUUUAAACAUUACCGCAUAACCGAAGGGCCCAAUGGAACAAAAAUUGAGGAAGACCAGAUUGCAAAUUUUUCCGAGCCGUUUUUUGUGAUAGAAACUGCCUGUGUUAUCUGGUUUUGUUUCGAGCUUUUAGUCCGAUUUGCAUCCUGCCCACAGAAGAGGGUAUUUUUCCUCACCGUCAUGAACAUUAUCGAUCUGAUGGCCAUCAUCCCGUAUUUCGUUACACUGGGGACAACUCUAGCGGCGGAAGGUCAAACCGAACAAAAACAACAAAAUCAAGCCAUGUCGCUGGCAAUACUGCGAGUUAUUCGCCUUGUUAGAGUAUUUCGGAUAUUUAAAUUGUCGCGCCAUUCAAAGGGAUUGCAGAUCCUGGGCCGCACAUUACGCGCAUCUAUGCGCGAACUGGGAUUGCUCAUAUUUUUCUUGCUUAUUGGUGUUGUGCUGUUCAGCAGUGCGGUGUAUUUUGCCGAAGCGGAUAAUAAAGAAUCUGACUUCAAAAGCAUUCCGGAUGCGUUUUGGUGGGCAGUGGUGACAAUGACAACUGUCGGCUACGGUGAUAUGCGACCAGUUGGAUUUUUUGGGAAAAUUGUCGGAUCUCUUUGCGCUAUCAGCGGUGUCCUUACCAUUGCGCUGCCUGUUCCCGUUAUUGUUUCCAAUUUCAACUAUUUCUAUCACAGAGAUACCGAUCAAGAGCAAAUGCAGUUUAUAUUCGAAGAUGCACCCAAAGCGGAAGCCGAAGAAGCGGAAGCCAAUGCGGCUAAAGAAGACAUCACGCAGCUGACAGAUACCGGUGAUCGGGAUGCAGAUAACUGUGAUAUUAACGACGAAGAGAAUUGCGGCAUAAGAAAGCCUCUCUUUCGCAAUUCAACCCAGCUUCUUCCCGAUCGGGAGAAUGCUGAAACGGACGUGUAGAGAGAACGUUGUACUGGACGUGAUCAUCCUUCCUCAAGGAUAGCAAUUCAACUGAUCUUGUCACUGCAAAAUACAAAAUGCAAAAAUAUGCACGUUGAAUUAGCCUUUGCAACAGUUGCGAUUUUGGACAGCGAGCGUGAUGGGUAUUUUGAUUUAUAAAAAUAAGUUCCUAAUUUAUGUCCCGGUCCCGCAGUGUACUAUUUGGCGAAAAUGGAAAGAAUCAAAUUUUAUUACCUGUGAAAAUUGUACAAAGUUUAAUAAAAUUUAACGAACGU